AUGGCCAUGCUGGACAAUCCCAAGGGAAGAUAUCACUCAGAUAUUGUCGGCUGCACUGGAAUACCAUCCUCGACUCAAACUGCGUCUACCAGGAGUGUCGAGCCGGGUGCUACAGAACCUGCCUCGAUAGAAUCAGAGGCACCUCAACACACAAGGAGCGAGAAGCUGUCGCGCGAACAGCCUACGGUGGUGAGCGACGACGAGUCCGAAGACCAUGCUUGCCGGCCCCACAGAGAGGCCGAGGAAAGUGAGGGAGACAAGUGGUCUACCGAGGGUCAGGACAUAAACACAAGGGACAGGGAUGACAAGGACCCCCCGAGUCCCCCUCGAGGGCACCCUCCUCCCCCCGAAGUUGAAUUUCAGCGGCAGGAAAGUCCUAGUGACCCUACCAGCGACACAUGGAGCACAUUGGUCACAGGCCAUACUAUUGCACGCCAAAACACCAGGCGCGGGUCGAAAAGAUCGAACAGUGCAGAGCAUCGCAGCUCGCCUGUUAUCAAGGACAGUUUCUUGACAACCCCUGGCCCAGGGAAACAGCCUGAGUCUCCCAGUCUGGACUUGGAACGCACCUCACCACGGCAUCCAGAAGUCAUCCCACUGCGGCAUCCAAAAAUCAUCGUACCACGACGUCCGAAAGACAUCGAUAUCGCAGAGCGGGACAUAAUAAACAGACCGGAUGGCCCAGUACAGCCCGGGGAUCCCGACUUUCGUCGAUGUUUCGCUCAGGAACAGGGUCAAGACUGGAAUAAGCCUCUCAAAUGUGCUUUACAUAUGAAUGACGUGUUUGGCGACUUCUUGACAUCCGAGAUGGAGGACGGUGAUCACUUCUGGGAUUUGGUAGUUCUAACUGGUGAACAGAAUCCCUGGAUUACUACCUGUUGCGAAUAUGUUACGGCAACUUGGCCAGAUUCUGUAGGGGCGAUACAAGAGCUGUUUACUCUCCUCGAAAGGAAUGUGCGACAUGUUCAGCUUGAACAACGGAUCAUCGCUCACCCCUCGAGCGACUUGACUAUAUCCACAUAUCGAAAGUCGCCGGAUCGGGAAGGAUUGGACUUUUCCGUAACCUUUGAUGGCGUUGCUGCGCCCCAAGCUGACAUGGCUGAGGCCUUGACAUGGCAUUUCUCCGUUCUCCAGCAGGUCACUGGACGCGACGGCGAUUCCAAACUACUGGCUGCCGUGGCCCGUUGGAAAAGGCGGGAGAGGAGACGUAUCGGUUCAAGCAGAUACGAGUUAACUCUUCACCAUCUGGAGCCUCUGAUUGUCCCUCAUACCAAAGCCUGCUGGACUGAUCUGGUUCCUAAUACUGUCUCUGCAGCAUAUUUUUGGACGCAAGAAAGACCAUUGGACGUGGACGGCCUUGAGAUAUCAUUUGAACUUCUAUGUUUUCUGGCCGGCUUACAGUACGAAGUCGUUGAGCAUGGUGGUGUCAUACUCUAUGGCAAGCAUUCACUUGUGUAUCCUGUCCGUCAGCACCUGGGCUGCGUACAGUGGCACUUCCAACGUUACCAUGAGGACCUCACAUCUCGGCAAUUCCCCUUCCAGAUCAUGAGGAAAAGAUUGUUAGUAGACGAUCUGAAUCUCUUGUGCGACCAACCUAGACAUUUCCUAGGUCUUUGGUCAGAUCCGCAUAUAACUCUUGGAACCCUUGGCAGCGAGCGCGCGACGGUGGACUGGUCCAAUGCAAGAGAACUGGAGCGAGAGACAGUCUUCGACGGUUCGACUUUUGGAGGCACAUUCAGCUUACCCAAAGUGCUCACAUUAACCUGGAGCAGGACCUACAAAGUCGCACGCAGCCGCAAGAAUCAAUACAUGGCUCAUUUUGAAGCCGACCUACAUCGGAUGAUAAACACACCGGUCGUGCUGUACUCGCCGUCCGAGAGACGAGGCUGGAUGGUGUCCCUCGUGAGCGUUUUGCUUCAUCUAGCGAGAAUCAGGGCGGAGCUACAAAAGUGUCUGAACUACGAGAUACCUCCCUGUGAGCGUCAUGGUAAUGGUGGUCAAGCGGCCUUCGACUGCCUGCGGGCCUGUUACCGCCGACCACUUAAGAAAGCUGCUCCGAAUGAGCUGCUAAGUGAGGAGGAGCAGAAGUUUACAGUCGAAGACUACGUCCGCGAUGUGCUGGCGGCCAUGGAGCUUGCUAAGCGUGAGUGCUGCAGGGCUAAAAGAUUCGUCUUUCAGACCAGAGAACAAAUUAUUGGUUUCGAGCUUGCUGACAUAGCUCGCAUGAAACCACAGUUACGGAUGAAGCAACACAGGCUGGAUGGGCGUGCUCCAUCGGGUUGGGCGCCUCUCUUGGACGAGGUUCAACUCGUCUUUUUUUACGAGGGUGUUGAUGACCCCAUCGUCCCAAAAGAUACAUCGGCAUUCUCAGGUCCCUGUGGCAGAGGUAUCUGGCACGAGAUACCCAAAGGUUAUGACCUGCUGGCAAUAUCGCUUCCUUGUCUCAUUAACCUUGCAGAGCAUCGCAAUGGCGGCAGCACGACCUUGCAAAGGCUGACACGCGACUACAACUGGCAUUGCCCAGCCACACUGUUUGAGGAAUGCAAAAGCCGGAAAAAACAUCGGUGUUCGCGCCGGCAAGAGCUUGUCGUUGCCAGUGAAGCCAACAGCCCUAAUGUCUACAUUCGCAAUGACGAGGAGAUCAGGGCUGUUGUUUUCCGCCAUGCAACUGGAUUUACUGCCAUCACUGAGCGGGAACGCCGUCUCCGUGCGCGCGAUAAUGUGGCUGCAGGCCGCUUGAGCAUCGUCCCAGCCCGUCAACUUGCACGCCAGGCAACACCCGAUUCCGGAUAUUCGUCCAGAGGUAGUCGCCAGAAUAUGGAAAAUGCACUUCAUCGCCGCCGUACCUCAAAAGCCCGUGAGGCGUCAAAUGCGCUCACCAAAGUUCAAAAGCGCCGACCCGAAGGUGAACGUGAGGACGCAUUACGCGAAGAUAGUCAAGAGCUCGGUGCCCUCCACCGUGCCCCGACACCCCCAAGAGCGUAUGAGAGAUCAAAUGCGGCUAAAGUCGGAGCCGGCAGAGCAAGAGGAGAGCGCGAGGAUACGGUGCGUGAAAACAAUGUGUCAAACGCCCGUGUGAAGCACGGCACCACCAAGAAAACUCCCAAGACUCCCCUCCAUCCCGUUAGGUCAUCAAAGCCGAUUGGCUUCCUGGGCUUUCGAUUUCAACGAUGA